AUGGGACCAGGAAACCAAACAUGUGCCUCUGAAUUUCUCCUCCUGGGCCUUUCUGAGAAGCCAGAGCAGCAGCUGCCCCUCUUUGGGCUGUUCCUGGGCAUGUACAUGGUCACUUUGUCUGGGAAUCUGCUUAUGAUGUUGGCUAUUGGCUCUGACUCUCACCUCCACACCCCCAUGUACUUCUUCCUUUCUAAUCUGUCCUUGGUGGAUCUUUGUCUGGCAUCCACCACAGUACCCAAGAUGUUGGCUAACAUCAUGACACACAGUAAGGCCAUCUCCUAUGCGGGCUGCCUCACUCAGAUGUAUUUCUUCUCAGUCUUUGCUUGUCUGGACAAUUUCCUUCUUGCUGUGAUGGCUUAUGAUCGAUUUGUGGCCAUUUGUCACCCUCUGCGCUAUGUAACCAUCAUGAACCCACAGCUCUGUGGCCUGUUGGUUCUGAUCUCCUGUGUUCUUAGUCUUUUAGUCUCUCUCCUUCACAGUCUCAUGGUGAUGCAUCUCUCUUUCUGUAAAGACCAUGAAAUCCCAUACUUCUUCUGUGAUCUUACUCAGGUUCUGAAGCUCUCUUGUACUGACACCCUCAUCAACAACAUUUUGAUUUAUUUUACAACUGGCCUUCUGGGUAUUGUCCCCCUCACAGGGAUUCUUACUUCUUAUACACAGAUCUGUUCUUCAAUUUUGAAAGUCCCAUCUGCUGGGGGGAAGUAUAAAGCCUUUAUUACCUGUGGGUCUCACCUCUGUGUUGUUUCAUUAUUCUAUGGCACAGUUUUUGGAGUAUACAUGACCUCCUCAGCUACCCACUCCACUUGGAAGAGUACAGUUGCCUCAGUGAUGUAUGCUGUGGUAACCCCCAUGCUGAACCCCUUCAUCUAUAGCCUGAGGAAUAAGGACAUAAAGGAUGCCUUGAGGAAAUUCAUUAACAGAUCAACCUCUUCUCAAUGA